AAUGUCACGAGAACUGCUAACUCAAGGUGCUGAGGGGAGAGUCUACAUUGGGAAGUGGCUCAUGCACUCGGUAGUUUUCAAGGAGAGGUUUCCAAAACAAUAUCGCCACCCAGACUUAGACGCCCAGAUUACACGUGAACGAUUAAAGGCAGAAGCACGCACAUUGACAAGAUGCCGUAUGGUAGGAAUUAGAACCCCUGUGGUUUAUGAUGUGGAUUUUAACAAGAAUAUGAUCAUCAUGGAGAAAAUUGAGGGUUCCCUGACAGUGAGAAACUACAUCUAUGAUGCUGUUAAUCAAAAGCUUUCCAUGGAAAACCAAAAUUUAAUGAGCCUGGCUGAAAGAAUUGGGAAAGUAUUGUCAAAAUUGCAUGCAAACAACAUCAUUCAUGGAGACUUGACAACCUCAAACAUGUUGCUUUUGGCUCCAUAUGAGUAUUCGGAAAUUGUUCUCAUAGAUUUUGGUCUGAGCUCUAUCAGCGAAGCAACAGAGGACAAAGCAGUGGACCUGUAUGUCCUGGAGCGGGCUAUUCUAAGCACACACCCACAUACUGAGAAGUUUGUCUCUCAUAUUCUUUCAGUUUACAAAACACAAGGUGGUGAUGGAGCUUCUGAAGUAAUUAAGCGGUUGGAUGAGGUCCGGUACAGAGGUAGAAAAAAGCUCUGUUUUGGUUAAAUGUGUGCCAGUGGUUUAUUAUAAUUGUGUAUGGACACCAAUAUUCACUUACUUGAAAAAGUUAAAUUUCUGGAAAAUGACAUUUCAAUAAAAGGUAGCAUAAUU